UUUGAAAGCAGAGCUCUCAAGGCACAUGAAAAUGCACAGACUCACAGCAGUCAUCCUCGCGAUUGCGAUCUCCAGUGCUACUGCAGCACAAUGGGCGAAAAUCUGCUCAAGUCAACCUGCAAACAAAAUCAGAGGCUGUGACUCCCAGGGCUGCGGUGGAUACAACGACCCCAGAGGAGGGAGGAAGCACAGGGGAGUGGACGUGGUGUGUGAGGACGGCUCGGUGGUGUACGCACCCUUCACGGGGAAGAUCGACAAACAAGCCAGGCCCUACGGAAACGGCAACGCCAUCGACAACGGAGUCCAGCUUUCAGGAUCAGGAUUCUGCAUUAAGAUGUUUUACAUCAAGCCCGUCAAGUACAGCGGCUCCAUCAGGAAGGGAGAGAAAAUUGGUGUCCUGCUGCCCAUGCAAAGGGUCUACCAAGGAAUUAUAUCCCAUGUUCAUAUCCAGAACUGUGAUUUAACAGAUCCUACUCCCAACCUGUAAACAAGUGGCUGCACAUCAGGGGCAAAGCCUUCAGCCCCCCCACUUGUGUAUUCAUGAAAUCGCUUGGGCAUAGGUAGUCACUCUAGUAAAGUGGAAGCCACCGAGCCUCAAACAGCUGUUCCACCUCAAAUGUAUCCAAGAACAAAAAUGCUGGUGGUUAUCUGAACAUAAACAGACUCAUGUCUGUUUAUAUAACAUGUGCUUUAAAGCUGUUACUGUGUCUUGCACAUCGCGUCACUGGUAGAUGAGGGCUAAAGCGGUGGGGAACGGACGAGUGGAUCCUCGAUGCUCAGCAGCCCCGCAGCGAGCUGUGCCAUAGCUCACUCAUCUUGGACUGUUCCACUCUCUUUGGAGCCAAAGCAUGAAGAUUUCUUCAAUAAGCCAGAAAUUUCACUUGUGCUUGCACAUGGAAAAUCACAUUAUUAAAGGGCUGCUUCACUACAAA